UAGAGAUCUAAAGAAAUGGAGUCUUGCCAAUUGAUACUAAUAGCAUUCUUGUUUUUGUGUAGUCUUAGCUAUGCUGAUUAUAGUAAUGGUGAUAGAGGUUCUAUGUGCAUGGCUGGAAAGGAUAAUUCUACCUGGAAUAAUGCAGUGCAGCACAAUCUGAACAGUGUAUUUAAUGCCCUGGAGCGAAACGUGAAUCUUCACAAUGGCUUUUACACAGACACGGCUGGGGAAAAAUCCGACAAGAUUUUUGGCCUAAUUCAAUGUAGAGGCGACGUUUCUGUACCAAAUUGUGCCAAUUGCACACAAGAGUCGUUCAAGUUGGCAGCAGAGCACUGUGACAGAAGUAAAAGUGCAACAAUAUGGCAAAAAUGGUGCUUUCUUCGAUAUUCAAAUCAAAGUUUCUUUGGAGUUUGGGAAAAAUCUGCAAUGGCUACAUAUGAUGAUACUGAUGUGGACGAUCCAUUUGUGGCUUCAAAAGGGCUGGCAAUGAUGGGGACACUCGUGUCCGGAACUCCCAAAGAGCCUCUAAUGUUUGCAGUGUCGGAAUUAGAUGUUGGACGCAGUGGGAAGAGAUACGGCAUGGCACAAUGCACUAGAGACUUGAGCAGGUCCGAUUGUGGAAAAUGUUUGGACUAUCUGUUGACGAGUUUAGGGGGCCAUAGAAGGGAAUGGGAGGCUUACGGAUUGGGUUGUAGCAUGUGGUAUAGUGAUUAUCGAUUCUAUUUCAACUUCUCGACCCCUAAAAAUGCCGGUUUAGAGCCACCCCUGAAUGCAGGUCAUAGACGUUGGACCGGAAGACUUGAAGUUGGAAUUAUCACUAUUACAAUGGCAUUCGUAAUGUUCCUCUAAGCUAUUCAAUAUCUCCUCCUAAAGAUAGAAAAAUAAGAAUCAUUACUCCAACUCUUAUUUAUUUGUUCAAAUUAAUUAUAAGCUGCGUUUUAGAUUCUUGGCUUAGUCAGAAUCAAUUCAUGUCAAGUUGUACAUGACUAGAUUUAGCACAGAUUUCAUACAUGUCUGCUUUUUCUUUUUGUAGUAUUAUCAAUAACAGUCGAACUUUCUUUC